AUGGACCUCCCCAUCAACAUCAGAGACUUUCGCUGCAUGCAGCUGGCCUGUGUGGCCCUUGGCCUGGUGGCAGGCAUCAUCAUCAUUGGUGUCUCCGUGUCCAAGGCUGCAGCUGCCAUGGGUGGUAUCUUUAUUGGCGCCGCUAGUCUGGGGCUCCUCAUCUUGGCCUACCCCUUCUUGAAGGCUCGGCUCAACCUGGACCACAUCCUACCUAAUAUAGGGAGCCUGAGAAUCCACCCCCAGCCAGGGCCAGACCAGGGGGAGGGGAGAUCCAGCACCAAUGGCAAUAAAGAGGGCGUCCGAAGCAGCCUGUCCACCGUGAGCAGAACCCUGGAGAAGCUGAAGCCAGGGAGCCGGGGGACUGGGGAAGACUGAGGCAGGGGCCGAGGGGCUGCCCCUGCCCUGUCCACCCUUCCUGCCCACCACCCUGAUCUCAGAACCCUCCUGGGUCCAAACCAGAGGUGAACCAGGCCCUGGACACACCAGACCUGAAUUCGUCCUGGUGGGAGUUGGGGUCUGAAGCAAGGUGUCAGCUGGAAGCCCCACGGGAGAGACCUUGUUGCAGGUUUUUGACCUGGAUUUUCUCUCUGGACUGCAGCUGAGCCUCCUUUCCUUUUUGAUCUGCUGACUGGUUUCUCUGGAGUUUGGGGCCCAGGGGUACCCAGUUCCUUGCUCCAGCCUGGCCACAGAAGUGAACCAUAGGCCCACAGAAACCACAGACAGGGUCCUGACUAAGCCUGUCAGCCCCCAAGGGGGCUCUAUCGCUCACCAGCUGGAUAGAGGGGCUGGAUCAGAUUCUUUGGGGGAUAUCAAAACUCCAGGCAACCCCUCAGGGACCUUGGCAGCAAUGAAUCAGACAGGGGCAAAUCCUAGACAAAGCGGUCACUGCCAUGAUGGGAGCCAGGUGAGGCAUGAGCCUGGAGGCUUCCAGGAGGAGGUGGCUCCUGAGCUGGGCCCAGCCCUGAGACUCUUGGUGUUGGACCACCAUUCAAGGCUUUUUGUGAUCUGACUCCAGACAAGACUUCCAACCUUUCUUUCUUCUCCCCAACCCUCUCAUGGCUCCUGAACAAUCUAAACACGUUCCAGCCUCCAGACCUUGGCUCAUGUUCUCCUGAAGGCCCCCUGCGCCUCUUUGCCUAUUAAAACCUCCCACCUUUAAAGGCCCAGUUGUGAGAAUCCCCUUAACCAGUGCCUUCCUUGUCCUCUUCCACCAGCCUGUGUCUCCCUCUCUCAACAGCCUCCCGCAGGUCGAAGUCUUCUUUCUCACAAAACGAUUACUAAUCCUAGUUGUAACUACUGUAUGUUGCCCUUUUCCAGUCACCAUCAGGGCACACAGUAGGUGCUCCAUAAAUGUUAAUGGCUUAAAUUUAACAGGGAAAAAAACAAAACAUUCCCCAGGCUUUCCCUAGAGAGCUACUUCAAGACCCCAUGUACCCACAGGAUUUGGGGUGGAGCCUGUGGCCGUGCAGAAAACAUUGCUCCUCCUUCCACACUGCUCUUCAUAUACCUGUGCCCUCAAGGCGGAGCAGUUGUUGGACCUCUAGAGAGACAUCUGCUCCCUGUGGACUCUGUCCUGAUUUGGUGAGCAGAAGACAAGCUAGGAAGAGUCUCAUUCUUGAAGGAUCAGAGCAGAUGAUACCUACUCUCAGAACUUCACUGUGCUCCCACAGCCCCGGGGCCUCCCUCCAUCAUAGCCCACAUCCCUCUGAGUGGCCCUAGUCUAUUUCCCCCUCCUGAGAGUAGGGGGCAGAGGACUAGACACAACAGAAGGUAAAGCCAACCAAAAGUAGGAUAGACUAUCUCACUGUACAGGUGGGAAGGCUAAGGCCCUGCAGGAAAAGGACUCAUCGGGUUCCACGAUGAGCGAUUGUGAAGCCAGGCCUUGCACCCAGGUCUCUUCUCUCUCCCCAUGCAAGACUCUACCCUCUGCUAUUCUCGUCACAGGCCACGGGGAGCAGCUCCCUGACCACGGAAGGACUGACCUCCAUAAAGGGGCUCAAUUUCAUAAACACUGGCCAGUUGUGAAGCCUUUGGUUCCUCUGGUUCCUCCAGCCUGAGCGGAGUCAACUCCCCUCUUCCAUGUCACUCCUCUUCUCCUCCCUCCUGCCUGCUUGCUGUCCUUUCUCCUUUCCUUACUCCCUUCCCUCAACCUCAUUAUCAUCAACAAUAACUCAGGUCUGGUGGCCCUCCUCGAUCAAUAAGGAAACCCUUCUUCCUAUCUUCAAUCCUCACCUGCAGCACCCACAAAAAUGCCCAAGGGUGGGGAGGAUGGGAGUGGGGGAAGUGAAGCCUGAACUGUGGAGAGGGUGGUCCCCCUAUUCAGACAUGCUCUCCCCAAGGCAGGGCUAUUGUAUCCCCAAUGCCUGGCAGGGCAAGACCUAGAGCAAUGGUGGGGAUCCGAAUACAAUAAAUCGAGGAAUGAACACAUAGAAAGGCAAGAGCUAUGUCCAUUGAAAAACUGGGGGGGGGGGGCGGGGAAGAGGG